UUGCCUCCCAGUAGUCAAACGUUAAACCCCAACACCGGUCGAAUUUCGCGUGAGUUGCUGUUUUCAGAGCUGAACGGGUGCUGAAGAUAAGCAUGUACAAGUUAUUUGUUAAAUAAUUCGGCCUAAUAAAGUUUUCAAAAACAAAUCGCUGUGGAUUGUCAACGGUUCACAGAUAAUUUAAUGAUGGUUUAUUUUUGGUCAACAAUAUUGUAAGAUUGCGACAUUCCCUUAAAAUUGAUUUCUUUAGACAAUCACUCAUUAUGUCACACGGUUACUAUAACAACGGUUUUAACAAUAUGUAUGAGGUGGAUCAUAGAUAUGAAGAAAUCCCUGAUAUUGAUCCAUCAAUGGAUUUCGAGUCAUUGGAUGAUUCAGCGUUUUACUAUAGAGAAUCGCCAACAAGAAUUCAAAGACCUGUUGACAAUCAUCAAGUUGAUCCAGCAGAAAGAUCUCUACUGUUGCGUAAUCAUAUGAACGGAUUGAUAAACAGAUCUAGACGUACUACACCACCUCAACCUAGAAUGGCGUCUACUCCAACGGCGGACGCCAACAAUAGUAAGAAGACAGCAGCAGUUAUUCCUUGUAAAGCCAGACGUCGGUUGGAUGUUUACGGUACUAGUUUGCCCGGUACCCCAACCCGUGGAGAUGUAUUCGCCCCAAUGAUCGCUCAAACUGUCGUUAAACCUGGACAGCCUACGGUUCGCCGAGCGCGGUCUUCUGCUGCUUUAUACAACAAACACAAACGUCAACCCGAAUUCUUGUCCGAGUACAAUCUUGACACUUGUGUACCGGCAACUGGAGUCCAGUACAACCGCCCGAGAAACACUGCUAUUAUACAGCCCAUUUACAAAGCACCGUCCUCAGUUUUUCAAGUUGAAGAAAAAAUGCCCGAAUCUCCGAGUAAACCAUCAUGGUCGCAUACGCCUCCCCGAACAUCAGUACAAACACUUCCUGUUUGUACGUUGUGGACAGCCGCCAUGGUAUUAGUCGUAUCUGGAACAGCCAGUUGUAUGUUUUGCUUCUAUCUCAUUUCACGACGAGGGCGACUGUAUUACUUGAACGCUGGACUUUUAGCGGCUGUUGUAUGUCUCAUAUUGGGAUUUCCUGGUUUUCGCUCUCAACAGUGGCGAUGGCUACCCAAUCGUAACUACGUCACAGGUUACAUUUUGGUUGCGUUAUUCAGUGUUCUCGAGACAUGUACAUUAUGGCUUAUGUGUCAGAGCAUUGUACUUGAUCCAGCUCUCAACGAUAUAGGUGCUGGUGUCGUUUGUGGCAUAUCAGCGUUAUCAGUAGGGCUAGCCUUUUUUGGUUUAAGCACAUCAUAUUGUUGUAGAUACCCACCCCCCGACAACCGAGUAGCACAUGCAGUCGAAGGUUUUGUCGUAUGAGAUAAAAAAUCAAAUAAUUUAGUCAAGGUGAUCGUUCUUGAAAAUCACCACUUAUUUAUUACGUAAGAUUGUUAUGUAUAGUGUAUAUAUUAUAUUUAUAUCAUUAGAAAGUUACAAUUAACUUUUAUUAAUUUCAAUUAAAAAUAUAUGGUUCACAAAAUGGCAUUGUUUAAGCUUUCAGAUAGAAUUUAAUUGUAAGUAAUUAGAUGUACAUAUUGUAAGUCAGGUAGAAUUUAUUAAAUUUUUUAUGAUUCAUUUCAAGCAAUAAUGAUAUUACAUUAAUAACUUUGUAUUGAGCAUACUUUGUUAUGGUUUUGGGAUAUUAUAAAGAUUACACCAGGGAUAUUUUAAAGAUUUAAAUGUUUACCCGCGAGCAAAAAUAUGAAUCAGGCUAUUUGUGUAAAGUAAUGAUGGUGCGUUUAGGAUAAAACUGAGCACAAAGGUAUUAAGUUGCAAUCAUGCAAAACGGUUUUGACACGAGGUAAGCGCUCAAAACAUCAAAACCCAACCAGAAAUAUACUUGGGAACAAUCAAAUACACAAAAUACAUAAUAGCUUUUGGUAUAGACGCGUUUGAGGAUAAUUUAUUUUUACGUUAAGAGUUUUUUCUUUGGGAUAGCAAACCAAUGGUAUAUAUUAUUUACACAGAAAAAUCGUAUGUCAUAUUCAAAUUAUAAAGUUUAUGUUAAAAGGAUAUCGAGUAAAUUGAAGAAAAAUACGUAAAAUACGAUUUGAUCGUAUUUUGGGGUUUAAUAUUGAAAUUUUAUACUUUUUUUUUUCUCAAACUAUUAAGAUUAAAUGAUAUACCAUAAAAACACGUUUUUGAGGUAUAAUAUAAUUUAUAAAGUCUUUUAGCUACAUCAAAAAAGUAUUUGUAAAAAUAAUUUAAUUUAAAGUGCGUUUUACUUUAAAGUCGAAAACAAUUUUAAAUGAUUCUUCAUAAAUGAAAACAGACGUGUAAUUAAAAUAUUGUAUUAAAAAGUUUAUGAUUUAUUUUUCUCGUAAAAACAAUAUAAAGGUGAGACAAAACUUACAAAGAGUCAGAAUAAAAUUACUAAUUUAAUUAUAUUGUACGUUAGUCUUUUUAUUAUCAUUGGAAAUCGUUAUAUUUAAAAAACUGAUGCGAUGAGACAUUUAUGUAAAGUUAUUUUAUUGCAAGUAAUAAAAACAUAACUGUUUUAAUGUGUUAUAAUAAUUUAACAUUGUAUUAUUAUAAUUUAAUUUAACUCAAGUUAAAAGUGAAUUUUUUGAAACUAUGCUAUAAUGUUCUAAACUAAAAAAUAAAAACAUAUUAUAUUUCAGCUAUUGUACUCAAACAUAUUAUACUGUACCGAAACACAUUGUAAAAAUUUCACUCAUAUUAAAAGUUGAAUUAAGUCAAAUUUUAUGUAAAGUACUUAAUACUUUUAUUUUGUUUUUUAUAUUUGUUAUAAAAUUAAGAAUUUUUUAUAUAUUUUUACGUAACUAUUUCAUAAACGUUUUAUUUAUUUAAAGGUGCAUAAAAAUGCAUUGAGAAAAAUGUAUUUAAAAUGAUAAAAAUGAGCAUUAAAUUAUACAAUUAUUAAUAAUAAUUUAUUUUUAUUACAUUCUCCUGGAUUAAUAUAUUUUUUCAAUGGAAACGACUAAAUAGAAAGGAAUUGGAUGUGUUAAAUUUAUUUAAUUUAGAUUUUUUGUUGGAAAAGAAAUAUUUAUUUUUUUGUUUACUCAUUAUUUCAAUGUUUAUUUAAUAAUAAAAGUUAAAACUAUAUUAAUAAAAUAAA